UUUCGUGAAGAUUGGGAGCAUUUUUACUUUAAGCUCUGGAAAACUGUAUCGCGAAAUAGAGACAUUAAGUCUUCCAGCCUUCGAGGCGUUACCGAUGGUUGCAAAUGUUGGAUAACCCUUAUAUCAUCCGGAAAUUCUCCUCUUAUAUUAUCAGAAAACACUGAGUUAGAGCCCGAAAAGUCGCUAAAGGUAUGUUUUCGUGUUGGUCAGUCGCCUGAGCAGAGUCUACGUCUUCGAGGGGUAAUUGAAAAGAACCUUAUAUCUCUUGGGCUUGGAUCUUCUACAGUCAUAGAAGUAACUCCGGACGGACAGUCACCUGCAAAUAUUACCAUCAAUUUAGACGGUUUCUCGGCUCCCCAAACCUUUAAUCCAACUCCAGUUAAUGAUGAGGAAGAGGAAAAGAAUCAACCAACAUUGGAGGAUAAGAAGGAGGAGGCGGCGAAAGAUAAUGAAGAAAACGCGCCAAAUUUGGCCUGGAGGGCGUCAUAUUCCCGUCUCUGGUUUGCUCGUUCAGAUGCAUUAAAAAACCGUGGCUCGCUACAUUUUAAGGCCUCACGAAUUGCCGAAGCGUUUUCUUGCUACUCGCGAGCCCUGCAGCUGAUAACACUUCUUGGUGCGAGUUUCGGUUUAGCUGAAAGAGCUCAACAGGAGGACAGUACAAAGUAUCCCUGCGAGGAGUACUUUGGAAUCGUAAAUGCGGAAGAGUAUUUAGAUCUGGAUGCUGAGUCACCUUUUACCGUUGAUCCAGAUCAGAUUGAACUCAAUGGUGCUUUGAUUGAGAAAAUGCAUUUCAGUCUUCUCUCAAACAUGGCUCUGUGUCAAUUGAAAGUUUGUUGCCCCUCUUCAGCGGCAAAACUCUGUUCAAAGGCCCUCCAAAUGGCUCCUAAAAAUGAAAGACUUCUUUCCCAAGUUAGCAAGGAGUUAAUUGAGGCGAAAAUUUGUGUGAAAGACGUCGUAAAGGUCCUUUACAGACGAGCUACAGCAUAUCUGCAGUUGGAUGAGUAUGAAGCAGGCAUUCGGGACACCGAGCGUCUGCUUCAGUUGGAUCCAAGCAACGAUGCUGGCAAUAAACUCGCCAGGCAACUGACUCUAGCUCUGAGAUCUCACAAUGCUGACUUGGGGCAGAAGAUGAAGAGGGCCUUUCAGUAA